CAUCACAAAAUAAAGAAAGGGUUCCUAAUCCGUUACCGGUGCUCGCCUCCUCGGCCUCGUCUUCUCAUCCCCAUUUCCCAGACAUCAUUUUGUUUUCUCUCUUUUCCUUCUGUCCUUCGUUCCUACGCUCGCCGCAUCGGCCUUUCCCCCAAUGCGGAUCCGCCCCCUUGUAUCCACCGCCAUUCCUCGCCGCCUCGCCCGCGUCUGAUCCGUCGGUGGAGGAUGGGGGAAGGGGGGCCGGCAGCGGGAGCAGGAGCGGCCGUGGAGGACGCGACGGGGUUCGAGGUCGGCAUCGUCGUGCCCAAGCUCUCCCGCAGCGCUGCGGCAGGAUGCGGCGAGGUCGAGGACUGCGUGGCGCGGCUGGUGCGGGAGCUGGAGGACGUAGGCCUGCUCGUCGAGCGCGUCCGAGGCGUCCCUGCGGAGUUCAUCAAGUUGUCUGCGCCCAUGGGGACCCUAGGGAGAGCUGCGUCACAGAUGCAGAUGAAGAAGCUGACUUAUAUUGGAAUGGAACUGCAGUUUGAAUGGGACCAGGUUGCAGCAUUCGUCAGGCAGCCCGACGGGUCCCUGUUUAGUUGGCGAGAGCGCUUUGCCUGCUUCCGGCACUUGAUAUACGGCAUCGUGAACAAGAGCAAUUCUGAUAUACUUCUCAAAUUUGAUGAUAAAGAGUUUCACUGGAAUCAAAACGAGUCACUCUUAACCAGGCUGGAAGAUGAAGGAGUUGUAAAGCUAGUUUUCCCUUUACAUGAUGAAGUUAAACGGAAGAAACUCCUGAGAAACUGGGCACUCAACUGGCUUGAUUUCACAUGGCAACCUAUGGAUGAAAUUUACUCUUAUUUUGGAACGAAGAUUGCAAUAUAUUUUUCUUUCCUUGGAAUGUAUACACGCUGGUUGUUCUUUCCGGCUGUGUUUGGACUGGCAACUCAGCUUAUAGAUUUCGGGUCAUUACAGUGGUUGGUUCUUCCUGCUUUCUUUAUCUUUGUUAUUUCUUGGGCCGUCUUCUUUCUGCAAUUCUGGAAACGGAAGAAUUCAGCACUUAUUGCUAGAUGGGGUAUAGAUUAUUCAUUUUCGGAAUACAAAACUCUGGCAAAUGAACUGGGCCCUUUAAGCUGUUCUCUAGCCGAUGAUGAUGUUCAGGAAAGGAAAUUAGGUGAUGUGCCUGACGAGAAAAGAAUAUUACAAAGAAAUGAGUGGUUUGGUGUUCUCCUCAGAAUCAGGAAUAAUGCUAUCAUUGUGUUGGCUAUCAUUUGUCUUCAGCUACCAUUUGAGUUGGCUUAUGCUCAUCUAUACGAGAUUAUAGAAACUGAAGUGCUAAGGUAUGUAUUAACUGCCAUGUAUCUUGUUGCAAUUCAGUAUUACACAAGGAUAGGUGGCAAAGUGUCUGUCAUUCUAAUAAAGUAUGAAAACAACCAAGGAGAACAGUCUAGUGCUGAUAGUUUGGUUUAUAAGGUCUUUGGUCUUUACUUUAUGCAAUCAUAUAUUGGGUUGUUUUACCAUGCUUCACUGUACCGUGACAUUAUGACACUCCGGCAAGUCCUUAUCAAGCGUCUCAUUGUGUCCCAGGUAUUGGAAAAUCUGAUUGAAAAUUCCAUUCCUUACCUCAAGUAUAGCUAUAAGAAGUACAGGGCUGUUCACAAGAAAAAACAUGAGAAAGAAUCACCAGCUGGAAAGUCUGUUCGGUUAUCUACGAGAGUGGAGAAAGAAUAUUUAAAGCCAUCUUAUACUGCAAGCAUUGGAGAAGAACUUGAAGAUGGUUUAUUUGAUGAUUUUCUUGAGCUAACUCUUCAGUUUGGGAUGAUCAUGAUGUUUGCUUGUGCAUUUCCAUUGAUAUUCUGCUUUGCUGCUCUGAACAAUGUGACUGAAAUAAGAGCGGAUGCUUUGAAGUUGUUGGUCAUGUUGAAAAGACCUGCUCCCCGUGCUGCAGCUACAAUUGGAGCUUGGCUGAACAUAUUCCAGUUCUUGGUUGUUAUGGCAAUCUGUACAAACUGCUUGCUUCUUGUUUGUCUGUAUGAUGUGGAGGGCAAAUGGAGAAUUGAGCCAGGACUGGCAGCAAUCCUCAUAAUAGAGCAUGCUCUCCUCUUAAUCAAGUUUGGUUUCUCGCACUUUGUUCCCGAGGAACCGGCAUGGGUGAAAGCGAAUCGUGUUCGGUAUGUAGCUCAGGCACAGAAUGUCUGCUCCAAACAACUCCUGAGAAGUAUUUCAAAACUGGACACAAAAUGGGAGUGAGGAAUGCCAGGUAUUUUAUAAGGCGGCAGUAGUUUUGUAGAUUAGGACAGUGCUAAGACGGCUCUCACUUGAGGAUGUACAAAUUGUAGGUACUAGGCAACAUCUCUACUACUAACUGUUCCAAUUGGUAAAUGUAGAUAUCGCUAUAUAAUAGAUAGGAUCUGCAUCGUCGAUGUAAGAAUGUGAGGGGUGUUUCUUUCCUUCUAACUAUACAUGUUUGUUGAUUUUGAAC